CGCCCCGGGCGGCGGCGGCGGCCCCGGAGGAGGAGGCGGGAGCGGGGGCGGCCCGGGCAGCGCAGCCCGGCAGCCUCCCCGGCUUGCCUCCCCGGCACCUGAAACUGCAGCAGGAGCAUCGCCGCCCGGCGCGCUGCCUCUCGCAAGACAAUAUUAUUGUUGAAGAUUAGUCAGAUGCCUUCCGUCCAUUCCCUGCCUCACAUGCUAUGUCAUGCAAGCUUUGGAACACUUAGAACAUAAUUUAAAUGAAUGACUAAUUUGGCAAGCAUAAUGGAAGGCACACAUACCAUCCUCCUGUUGCACAAACCCAUUACGGAGCUUUGUUACAUCAGCUUCUAUCAUGCAGAGGGGGAAGUCACAGGAUUUACUUACAUGGGCUCUGGAACUCUGGAUAGAAGCAGUGAGAGUUUCUGUGGCUGCUAUCAAGUAAGGGAGAGGUUAGACAUGGCCCUGAGAGAACGGCCAUAUAAAGACCGUGGAGUUAUUAUUUUCAAGCAAACUACCACAAAAGACCUUCUCAAUGAAAUGUACAAACUAACUGCUGAAAAGGAAAACCUGUUAUCCAGUGAUUUGAGAUCUCAUGACACUCCGGACCUUAAGGCAGGACAUCAAGAGGAAAAGCAACAGGAUGUUUCCGGAGUCACAAAACUUAAAGGUGAUAAUUACUCCAUUCUUAUACAUCAGCAGGAGUUAUUGCUGGAUUCUACAAAAAGAGACAAUUUGAAUCACAAAAAAAUGAGGAAAUACAGAAGGAAAGAGAGCUUUGAGGAGAUCAGACAUCAUAAAGAGGGAAAAAAGAUACAUGAACAUCUCUUUUUACUGAGUACACAAGACAUGCAACAGAAAAAUAAGAUGGUCUCCACAAGACUUUCUACCCGGAGUUAUCCCAGCUCCUUUUCUCCCUCCAGCUGGCUAACAGUAAAAGGUAAGGAUAAUUUACCAGUAGACAAUAGAAUACAACCAGAAAGGUGGACAGAAGAGGGGUAUUUUCUUAAGAGUAACAAAGCUGUGAAAUUGGAUGCUGGCUUACCAAGUUCUAGCUCAAAAGACAUCAAUGAUGUUGUUGCAGUUGAACCAGUGGAUAAUGGAGAAUGCAUUCCUGAAGUUACCAAGGUACAGCAGAGGACUACUUUGGUGAAUUCAUCUCACUACAGUCUGUCUAACAAACUUGAGACAUUAAGUAAAUCUGCAGCUGCUAAAAUCUUGAAAAGUAGCAAGUAUGCUGAGCCAGUAUGCAAGGAGAAACCAGGAAUCACAGUUCUUGCUGAAGUCCAGGAUUUCGACACUUGCAUUAAAAACGUUACCAACCCCCCUGCAGAGUCUUUGCCUGACUCUCACAGACAUAACAAAACCAUUUCUCCUGUUCUCAUAACAGCAAAUAACGAGUUUAUAUCAAGAAGUGAUGUAUGCUCUGUAGAUGACGCUGCUGGAGACUCUAAUAACAGUGUGCUGCAGGAAAAGGAGGAAGACGGCUCUGGUUUGCAGUACAAAGCAGAGAGAGUGCACAUUACUGAUGAGUCAUGCAACCUUGUGGGAGCAGUUAAUAAAGCUCUUCUGAAAGUUAUCCGGAGCGACAGUUUAGAUGAAGCUGCAGAAUGGAAGAGACUGCAACAAAUUACAAGAGUAGACAGAAACCUGCCAGGCUCACUGUAUGAGAAAAGGACCACGGUAUCCCGGGGAAACGGCAAGCAUUUAUUUUUGAACCUGCCUGUAAAUGAAAGUCCUGAUAUUCCUCAGACAAAUAAUAAUCUUAAACUGGAAGAGAAAAGGCUGCAUUCACCCCCAUUAGCAGCAGUGAGUAAUGUUUUUAGUAAUUCAUAUUCACUAUCUAAUACACACAAACAAAUGUCACCUAUUCCUUCUCCGUUAUCUUCGAGACUGCCCAGCCCGCAGCUGCACCACCGGAUCCUCCCAUUGCCAGCACAGAACACCGAGGACGAAUCCAUGCUCAGUGAGUAUGGCCAUGGAAGGCACGGCGCUGUAAACUUCUCCUUCAGUGAUUUGGAGCCACAGUUUUAUCGGAAGUUUUCUGAUCCGGGAGAAUUGGGAUUUGCCAGCAGGCAACGGGGCCUACAUCAGAAUGCAACUGCAGGACAUUUUGAAAAGUGUGCUGUGCAAGAAAAAUUAACUGCUCGGACACAGCAGAGUUUCUGUUCAGCAGAGUCUGCUUUAAAGGAUGACUUCACUGAAGGGCUGACCAGUUUGGAUGUGGCAAAGAGAGAUGAAGAUACGUGGGUUCUGGAUUGCAGACUGGGGCAAUCAAACACAUUUCCUCAUUCAAGUGAGAAGGAGAAGAUCAACAGAAGUGUGCUGCAUCUGAGCCUGGAACUGAAUCCUGACCUGAGUCCCUCAGAGCAAGAUGACAAGACUCCAGGGAGACUCCAGACUGUCUGGCCGCCACCAAAAGCAAAUCAUGAAGAAGUAAAAGUAGGAUUGAAGUACACAGAAGCAGAGUACCAAGCUGCCAUUCUGCAUUUAAAGAGGGAACACAAAGAAGAAAUUGAAACAUUAAAGUCUCAGUUUGAACUCAGGGUAUUCCAUAUCCGUGGAGAACAUGCUGUCUCAACUGCUCAGCUUGAGGAAACCAUUGCACGUCUGAAGAAUGAACUUGAUAAUAAAUUAAACAGAAGAAAUGAAAAAGCAAAGGAUAUUGGUGUUUCUACUGAAGAUGAUAACCCACCAAAGGCAUACCGAAAUGUAUGUAUACAGACUGACAGAGAGACUUUCAUAAAGCCUAGUGAAGAAGAAAACAGAGCUGUGAAAAAUAACCAAAUAGUACCCAAAAAGCUUAAUAUUUCUUCUUUGACACAUAGUAUAUCUGCCCAAAGUGAAAAUAAGGACAAUUACAAUGUACAGUCGUCAGAAAGUGUCUUGUCUUGUCAACCAAAACAAAUGCUGCCUCCUCCACCACCACCACCACCACCACCUCCUCCCCUUGCUGAUUCUUCCCUGUCCACUGUAGUUCCUCCACCACCACCUUUGCCAAUGGGACCGACUUCACUGACAUCUCACUUUGGAUCUGGUCCACCACUGCCACCUCCACUUUCUGAAGGCUGUAGGAAUUUUCAAGCACCACCACCACCACCACCGCUUCCAGGGCUGGGACCUCCUGUUCCUCCUCCACUGCCUGGAUCUGGGUUACCUCCACCCCCUCCACCUCCUGGGCCUGGGUUCUUUUUUAAUAGCACUUUAUCUUCAAACCAAGGUCCUCGAAAACCUGCCAUUGAACCUGGCCGUCCCAUGAAGCCUUUGUACUGGACACGAAUACAAUUGCAAGAUAACAGGAAAACUGCUAUGCCAACAUUAUGGGAAUCACUGGAAGAACCUGAUAUACUUGACACUACUGAGUUUGAAUAUUUAUUCUCCAAAGACACCACUCAGGAAAAAAGAAAACCAUUAUCAGAGACUUAUGAAAAAAAAAACAAGGCCAAAAAGAUUAUCAAAUUGCUGGAUGGGAAGCGGUCUCAAACUGUAGGAAUUUUAAUAUCAAGUUUGCACUUGGAGAUGAAGGAUAUUCAACAAGCUAUAUUGUGUGUUGAUGACUCUGUAGUAGAUCUGGAGACACUGGAAGCCCUAUAUGAAAAUAGAGCACAAAAGGAUGAACUGGAGAAAAUCAAGCAAUAUUAUCAGACUUCAAAAGAGGAGGAACUGAAGCUUCUGGAUAAACCAGAACAAUUUCUGUAUGAGUUGUCUCAAAUCCCCAACUUCGCAGAACGAGCUCAGUGUAUUAUCUUCCAGUCGGUUUUUGCUGAAGGGAUAACAUCAGUGCACCGGAAAGUAGAUAUUGUAACUCGUGCUUCCAAGGCUUUGCUGAGCAUGAAAAGUGUAAAGGAAAUUUUGGGCUUGAUUCUGGCUUUUGGAAAUUAUAUGAAUGGAGGGAAUAGGACCCGAGGUCAAGCUGAUGGGUUUGGAUUGGAAAUACUCCCCAAACUAAAGGAUGUCAAAAGCAGAGAUAAUGGUAUUAAUCUUGUGGAUUAUGUCGUCAUAUAUUACCUACGCCAUUGUGAUAAGGAAGCAGGAACAGACAAGAGUAUUUUUCCUUUACCAGAACCACAGGAUUUUUUCCAGGCCUCCCAAGUUAAAUUUGAAGACCUAAUAAAAGACUUAAGGAAACUGAAGAGAGAUCUAGAAGCCUCUGAAAAGCAGAUGAAGUUAGUUUGCAGAGAGUCUUCUGAAGAACAUCUCCAGCCCUUCAAGGAGAAAUUAGAGGAAUUCUUCCAGAAAGCUAAAGAAGAACGGAAAAAAGAAGAGAACAGUUUGGAAAAUGCUCAAAAAUGCUUUGAAGAAACAGUGGGAUACUUUGGGAUAAAGCCAAAGCCUGGCGAGAAGGAGAUCACACCAAACUAUGUUUUCACGGUGUGGUACGAAUUCUGCAGUGACUUCAAGACCAUUUGGAAACGAGAGAGCAAAAGCAUUUCCAAGGAACGAAUUAAAGUGGCUCAGCAAUCAGUGAGCAAGUUAACUGCAGAGAAGAAAGUUGAAACGAAGAAAAUCAAUCCUACAGCCAGCCUGAAAGAAAGACUACGUCAGAAGGAAGCCAGUGUGACUGCCAACUGAAGGAAGAUGAAUGAAAACAGUGCAGUGAUUUCAUACAUUGCCUGAUGCUUUACCACACCAAUGGCCCAGGAAGCACCUUAUGUUAGAUACUGAAUUCUGCUUUGCUGAUCUGUCCCAAGACAAUCCAUUAAAGACUUUUGAGUUCCUUCA